AAGUCCAUUGUUGUUGCGAAGUUUUUAAUCUGGGGAUUUAAAGCACAUCACAUGCUCAGACGGGGCAGCGGGGCGCUACACCACAACAGCCAACACUCCUGCAAGAAAAAAAAAAUCCAUGCUGGGGAAAAGGAAACCAUUCAUCCAGAGAGGACAGAGGGAAAACAUUUCUUACACACUGCGAUGCCUGCGCACUUCAUGGGAGUUUAGGAUCGUCGGAGAAACACGUUGAAGAAGAAAAAGAAGAAGAAGACGAAGUCCGACCCGAGGAGGCUGUUUGUUUUAUUCUCUGGAGAAACCUGCCCGCAUCAGCAUGUCGCUCAAAUACAGCCAGCGGUCGUUAAUAGUUCUGUCGUUACUGGGGAUUUUAUCGGCCAUCAUGUCUGUGCUAUCGGUCAUCCUGAUCUUCCAGCUCCAGUCCCAACAGGCGGCCGUGAAGGAGUCUCCCCCUCCGUCCACCUCCGCGCUCAUACCCGCUCCCGUGUGGGCCGUCCUGCUGCCCGUGUCCACGGUGCUCUCCGCGCUGUCCCUCACCCUGCACCUGAGCUCCGUGGUGGUGUGUCUCCUCCACAGCUACUUCUCCACAGAGGUCUGCCGAGGAGAGCAGGACACUGACAGAGCAGACUGGUUUCUUUUGGACAGCAGAGCUGUGCGACAUGUGGCUAUUGGAUUGUUCUGCCUAGGGGUUUCUGUUUAUCUGUCAGCUAUGUCCAUCUUUAUGCUCCUGAUAUUUGAGGUGGAGACGGGCAUUGCAACCGCUUGCAUACUCUCCUCAGGGAUCUUAAUCCUACUGGUCAUUGUGAUCCACUCUCUGGUCAAAGCCUCUCGCACCGCCAAGCACUAUCACCCGGACCACAUUGACACCCUCUUCCAAAACGACCAUAGGAGCAGCAGCACACCUGUCUCCCGACCCUGUGAGCUCAAAAUAGGCAUCGACAAACCGCGGAUGCACCGCAGCCACUCUCAUCUGCAGCAUCCGAUCUCCCAACCUCACUGUGGCACCCCAAGACAGCGAGAACCAUACCAGCAACAGCAGUACUCUCCUGUUGGAGGCUCCCAGGGCCACGUGAGCGAUAAAGACGGCUACAGCAGUGGCGGAAGUUGUCCCCGAAUGCACCGGACCUUGUCUACUGAAUCUGGUUUACUGCAGGCCCAGGCUAAACCCUGGAAUGGGGUCAACAAUGAGAUGAGGAGUGUCCUAGCUCGCAAGUCAGGGAUUACUGCAAAAGACUCAACUCUUGUGUGACAUGAAGGAAGCUGAGUUUGUGGUUAAAGACAUUGGUUGAUUUCUAAGUGUCAUCUCAAGCAGAUAUAGAACUGACAAUUUUGACCUUUAUAUAUGCGACAUGUUUAUCCUGACUGAUUGCAGAGAACAUGGGAAAGAGAAUAAAAAAAAUGUAUACCGACAUUUUCACCUUAGCUGAUUUGCCCUAUUCAGAUUAUACAGCAUUUUCAAUUUAAUCUGAACAAACUUGGCACAACUUUUAUUUUUGUAGUGUUUUUUAUGAAUGAACUUGAUUUGAUUCUCAUUAUACACACCAGUGUUGCCCAAGUAUCAAUCUGGCAAAUUUAUAGCUUUCAUUGUGAUAAUGUAAAUACUUUAUUCUGCUGUUUAUGGAGGCUUUUUUGCCAAAUAUUUGUGCACAAUGUGCAGAUGUGUUUUGUUAUACAUUGCUCAAAAUUAUUUCAUAUCAAAUUUAAACUAAUUAAGUUGAGAGAACAUAAUUCACUUUUAAGGUUGGAUGUUUUUCCGAUGCCUAUGACAUUAAAAUGUUCGAAACAUC